AGUACAAAAUAUGAGACAUUAUAUCUUAUCUUAUAUUUGGUUAGUGAUGAGUUAUCGACCAAACAUGGGAUAAAACAAAUGUUACGAUAUUUUUUAUUAAUAACCAAGCAACCUUUUAUGGCUCUUAGUACUCUCCAUGGAGACCUAAACUUGAGGGUAUUGACGAUCCUACAACAAGAAGCAUCGGGUAAAUCUAUGCUAAGAUAUGAUAUAUGUAUAUCACAUCUAUCAUAAAUUUAUUUAUUUAUUUAUUUAAUUUUUUUUAUAUAUUCAUUUUACAAAAUAAUUUUCUUAUUAUAAUUAAAUUUAUGAAUAAACAAAAAGUUAAAAAAAUAUUUAUAAAAUAAUAUUAAUUAUGUAUAUAAUUUAUUUUUAUAUAUUGAAUAACAUAAUAUAAAAAAUUUUAUUUAUAAAGUUUAGAUUUUCCAUCAUGUCCCAAUAUUAGUAAAUUAGAAAAAAAAAAUUGGAAAAAGAAAUAAAAGACCAUUUACUGGAAACUAGGGGCUUUUGACUGAGUCCACACUCCAAAGACCUAUCCACAGAGAAUAAGACUCUCUCCCCUUCUCGCUCUACCUACUUGCCUGAGUCCACUAUGAUCGCUGCUCAAUUCUCUAAUUUCUCUUGACUUCUCUCUCGGAGGGAAAACUGUUUGAAGGACAAGAUUAGGGUUUGGUCUAAAAGAUUUAUUAGGGGAGGAAAUGUCGACUGGUGGAAACACACACUGGUGUUAUCAAUGCAGGCGGAGGGUUCGUCUUCAAGGACGGGACACGGUUUGCUCUUAUUGCUAUGGAGGCUUUAUACAAGAGCUCAAUGACCUGGAAGGUUUAGUACCAGAAGCUUUCUUGGGGUCUCAGAACUCAGAAGAUAACCAUGGCCAGAUGUCUUCAAUUUUUGAUGCUUUUAAUGGUCUCGUGAGACAGGGCAAUGCUGACCAAAGAUUUGGACUUGUGAAUGCUGUCAAUGAUUUUAUGAGGCAGAGAAUGGCAGGACGAAACCCGAACUUUGAUGUUAGAGUGAGAUCUGGUUUGGUUCCUGAAGACAACAGCAUGAGUGGCUAUCGUUCAGGUCCUUGGUUGGUAUUCCAUGGCCAGAUCCCCGUUGAAGCCCUUUUCAGUGGUGGUACAGGCAGGGGAGGUAAUGUUGGUGACUUGUUUUUGGGCCCUGGACUGGAAGAACUGAUUGAACAACUUACCAUGAAUGAUAGGAGGGGUCCUCCCCCGGCAACUCGUUCUUCCAUUGAUGCUAUGCCCACUAUUAAGAUCACGCAGAGGCAUCUUCGCUCUGACUCACACUGCCCUGUUUGUAAAGAUAAGUUUGAGUUGGGUUCUGAAGCAAGGCAGAUGCCAUGUGACCAUAUAUAUCACUCAGACUGUAUUGUUCCUUGGUUGGUUCAGCACAACUCAUGCCCUGUUUGUCGCCAGGAGCUGCCUCCACAAGUUUCUGGUAAUGUUCGUGGUCAACAAAGUUCAAAUGGUGGAAACAGGAGCAGCAGGAGUGAGAACAGGAGCAGCAGCAAUGGCAGUAGUGCCAGUGGCAGCGAGAAUGGUGGGCAGAGUCAGGGAAGGAGGAACCUGUUCUCGUCUUUGUGGCCUUUUGGCUCGUCAAACCCAAAUGCUCAUCAUUAUGAUGAAACAGGAGGAAGCAGCUCAAGAACCCCCCAUGGAGAGAAUCAUGAGAUGGAUUACUCUGGAUGGCCUUCUGAUUACUGAGGUCCUGUUAGUGCUUUGCUUGCUUUAUUUUCUUUGUUGUGUGCCUCUACAAUUCACUUCGUAUCUACAAAUAAAGAAUAGUGAUAUGGUAGAUGGAGAAGUGGUUUCAGAAGAACUUGGCUUUAUGUUGAUCUUGAAUCUGUUAUUGAAAGGUUAUUAGAAUGUCUGUCAAUAGGGGGUGAUUUUCUUUUACUUUGUAUAAAUGAUGACAGUAUGUUUUUCACGUGCAUCUUUCCUGGUAAGUGUACUGUGCACCUUAGUUCC